AUGAUUGAGUCGUUAAAAUGUGUCCAGUAUUUCAAAGGAGAUCCUUUAGAUGAGUUAACUUCAUCAUCACCAUGUUUACCUCCUCUACAACCUUCACGAACACACAAGGUGUUCUUUCGUUGUGACAGUAACCCUGUAAAGCCACCUAUACCAUAUCCUGAUGACUAUCAGGAUAAGUGGAACGGAUUGUUUGUUCGUAUGCCAUGUUCUCCUGAAAGCGUUUAUCCGGUUUAUGAAGGUGGUGCUAAUAGCCUUAUUUCUAGAUGGGUCGUGAUUGAAAAGGCAUUGAGAAAUAAGAUAAAAUCUUCUGACGAGUUGAAGGAAGCGAUUCUCUCCUACAACUAUCGUUUCAAAUCCUACUGGAAUUUUAAAACAUUAGAACAAUUAUGUAUGAUGAACCUGAUCCCCGAUGGUGGAAACGAUAAUUUCUUCGGUAACACUCUUUCCGGAAUUUGUUCGUUAGCACUAAAUUUGCCUAUUUUUGUUACAAAACCUAUUCCUUUACUAUCAUGCCGAAAAGAAUGCGCACUUACUUUAAGUCAACUCCAGAUAGCCAGUCUUUUGGCAAAUGCUUUGUUUUGUACAUUUCCUAGACGUAAUUGUCACAGUCAAGAUGCAGAAUAUGUUAAUUUCCCUCAGAUCAAUUUCUCUCAUUUACUGUCAGCAAAAGCCGACAGUAAAUAUAAUACAAGCAGGACACUUCAUGUCAAAAUUGAAAAGCUACGUUGCAUCUUACACUAUUUUCAUCGUGUUCUUCAAAAGUUUCCUACAGGAUCAGUUACAUUUACAAGACGCUGUCUAGGUAAUUUGUCACCAGAUUGGUCGAGGAGCGAAUUAACAUUUGAUCAGUUGCGUUUACAUGUCAAUGCCACAGGAUCAAUUACUGAUGCUGGUCCAAACACCUUACAAGUUGAUUUCGCCAACAGUUAUCUCGGUGGUGGUGUUUUAAAUAGUGGAUGUGUACAAGAAGAAAUUAUGUUUGCUUUACGACCAGAAUUGUUGGUCAGUUGCUUAUUUGUCGAGCGUCUGGGGUUUGAUGAGACACUUAUUAUUGAAGGUGCUGAACAGUAUUCCGUAGGUUCUGGCUAUGCUGAUGAUUUCUGUUGGGCUGGCGAUUUUAUUCAUUCGGAUAGUGGGAUGAAACGCGAUAAGUGGGGGAGAUGGAAUUAUGCAGUAGUAGCAAUGGAUGCUACUAAAUACAGUAAUCCUAUGGAACAGUAUAAUGUCGAGGAAAUGCUAAGAGAAUUAAAUAAGGCAUAUUGUGGGUUUACCGACGAGUUAUUUCCUGAAAGAAAGCUACCUCCAGUUGUAGCUACUGGGAAUUGGGGAUGUGGUGCUUUUAGAGGUGAUGUAGAACUGAAAUGUAUACUUCAAAUGAUGGCAUGCCUUCAAGCUAAAAAGUCACUGGCAUAUUUUACUUUUGGUGAUAAAGGGUUUUGUGAUAGAAUCUAUGCAAUGUAUACGUUGCUUUCUUCUGAAAAAGUAACUGUAGGACGAUUAUGGCAAAUACUAAUUGAGCAUGCUGGACAUGACUUGAUGAAAAACCAAUCUGUAUUUGAUCUUAUUUCCCAAACAUUGAAGUAA